AAUUACUAUCUUCAAAUUGACAUCAUGUGGUCGGAAGAAAAAAACGACUAUCCAGAUAUUUUACAACCAAUUCCUUUCGAAGAAUGGCCCCUAGUUCAAAAUCAUUUCAGAGCUAACUGGCCAACGUAUUCAAACUACUAUUACUGGAUCGAAAACAGUAUAAAAUGGAAGGAAGUAUCUCCAGAACUAGAAAUACAAAUUUACUCCAUUCGAGGAGAUUAUCAUCGUGAUGGAACAUUCAUAGGAAUAUCGAGUUUUUCGAUAACCAGUAUUUGGGUUUUCACAACCGAAGCAUCAGGCAAAAUAUUUACAAUUAGUGAAGCACUGUUAAAGUCCAAACAUUUUGACUGGAGCAGGGAAAUUAUAUUUUGCGGAGUUCACGAACAUGUUGUACCCCUUUUGUCCAUGGCGUUAGACCAUCUAAAAACUGUAGGAGGUAUCGAAAUCGCUUCGAUCAUAACAACCAGAUUUCAUUUUAAGUCUGCCAAUGAUGCUACAAGAGUAGAAGUAAGGUAUGUACGAAUUGGCUUUACAUGGUCGGCAUUUUCAUGUGUCUGAAAUUAUCUAGCACAAUCAUGACAACGGUACCAUCAUGUACUAUGCAUAUUCUGACCAGUUGAACACCCAGAGCCUUUAUGGUCAUCUGCACGUAUGUUCGGUAUCCUCAUAGCGUCAUCUCUAUAACACAGAUAUUUGAUACCAAUUUAU